UUGAUAGGUAAAAAUGGAGCCGUCCUCGGCUUUUGAAUUUUAGUUGAUAUUACAUGAUCUAAAAUUUCAAGGAUUCCGACAGUAGUAUGAGACUAAGACUUAUUUAUUUCCUAGUGAAGAAAACCUCUACAAUGUCUUUAAGUCAUGGCUUCUAAUACUCCAACUAUCAAAUCAAAGACCAAAAGACUUUAUGUAGCUGCCAUUGAUUUUGGAACAACUUAUUCUGGAUAUGCAUUUUCCCCAAAAGCAACAUGGCAAGCUGUAAUAGUUUAUAACAAAUGGAACUCUGGUAAAUUUGAAUCCCACAAAACUCCAACUGCCCUUUUACUGAAUCCUGACAAGUCUUUCCAUUCGUUUGGGUACGAGGCUGAGUCAAACUAUGCAGCAUUGGCAGAAGUGGAUUCAGAUGACGACGACGAAGAAGAGAAAAGCAAGCCAGACUGUAGUCGAUAUUAUUUUUUUCACCGAUUUAAGAUGAUUCUUCAUGAAAACCAUAGGUUGAGCAGAAAUAGUAUAAUAAAUGAUGAGACAGGGAAGCCGUUAGAAGCGAUGACAGUGUUUACACUGUCUAUCAAGCACUUACUGGAUGAGUUAAUGAAAACCCUUAACACUCAAAUGGCGAACUCAGUCUUUAUGAAGGAUGUUGAUUUUGUACUCACUGUACCAGCCAUAUGGGGAGAUGCAUCCAAAAUGUUUAUGAGAGAGGCAGCAAGUAAUGCAGGAAUACCGACAGAUCAACUGACAAUUGCUCUGGAACCCGAAGCCGCAUCGAUAUAUUGUCAGUAUUUGCAUUUUGAGAAAGACGAUAAAGAUCGCACUGAUGAAUUUCUGAAAGAUGUUUCAACAAACACGAAGUAUAUGGUUUUGGAUUUAGGGGGAGGCACUGUUGAUAUAACAGUCCACCAGAAAUCCUCUGAUGGCACCUUACAGGAAAUUCUUCCAGCGACGGGUGGACCUCUAGGAGGGACAACUAUAGACAAAAAAUUUAUUUCACUUAUUGAGGAAAUUGCUGGCAAAGGCAUUUGUGAAGAACUUAAACAGGAAAGCAUGGAGGAUUACAUAGAUUUUUUUCGACAGUUUGAAAUUAAGAAACGGAAUGAAGCGACAACAACAAAAGUUCGAGUGACUAUACCUCUGUCCCUGGACAGACUUGUUAAGAAAAAGACAAAAGGUGGCAUUUCUAAGCUUCUGGAGUCAAUGUCCAUCAAAACUGAUGUGUCAUAUGAUUCAAGCAGUAAAAAGCUUAUUCUGUCACCAGAAUUUUUCAAUAAUCUGUUUAAGGAUACAACAGAGGGUAUUAUGCAAUAUAUUGAUACAAUUUUUAAAAGCAAGAAACUAGAUGAUGUGAACACAAUUAUCAUGGUCGGAGGAUUUUCCGAGUGCAAAAUCAUUCAAAAAGCCCUCCAAUCUAAGUACAAAAAUACAAAACGAAUUAUUAUUCCAGAUGAAGCUGGACUUGCUGUUGUAAAAGGUGCUGUAUAUUUUGGACAUAUACCAGAUGUGAUUUCUAGACGAGUUUCGCGCUAUACUUACGGAAUUCAAAGCUGGCCGGAAUUCUGUCCAGGAAAAGAUCCAGAGGAGAAGAAAAUAAAAGUGAAUAAUUCUUUUCGUUGCAAAGACGUCAUGUUUCCAGUAAUAAAGCGCGGAGAACAAAUUAAAGUAGGUCAUAGGAAAUCCCAAGUGUUCCAAGCUCUGAAACCAAACCAAACUGAACUUGAAUGUGCCAUAUUUGUAUCGGACAAUGAAGAUCCAAGAUUUGUGGACGAAGAAGGUUGCCGACAGCUUGGAAUUUUGAAAGUCCCUAUUCCCCCAGGAACAAGCUGUGCCGAAAUAGAGGAAACAAUUAUUUUUGGUGAAACAGAAAUACAGUUCACAGCAAAUCAGCUAGGUUCAGGAAGAAUUAUGUCAACUUCGUUUGAUAUGUUAGAUCCAAAAAAUAUACCAGAUCCGUGAAUGUACAGUCAACGUUUGCCAAGCGGGCGUGGAAGAACAUUUAAUGAAAACAAGCGAGAAACUGAGACAAAUCUUAAAUGUAAAUUGAUCAGGAAUAUUUUAAAAUAAUAUUUACAAUGAAUCAUUUUGCAUUCAUGAAUGUACACAGUUUUAUUCAUUUCUGGUAAGUAAUACUGAGAAGGAUGGGGUCCUAUUCAAAAGGAGUAUAAUGAUUGUAUUUGCAUGAAAAUGACGUUGAAUAAAAUGUUUAUUUUUA